AGAGAUCCCUGACUGGGAUGUAAAGGCUUAGGGAUCUCCAUUCCUGCCCGUGUCUGAAGAAGGGAGCUCUGACGCUGGAAAGCUUACACCAUGGAAACCUUACUGGUCUCGAAGGAGCCCCUGGAGUCCAGUCAGGUUGUCCCUUUAAAUAGAGGCUAAUGGGAUGUUAUUUAUCAGGUGGAUUUUACCUCGGUCAUCCAAAGCGUCCCCUGCCUAUUCCCACAUAUUAAGCCUCUGUUAAAGGGAUGGGUAGCCAUAGGUCAGAGGCUACUUGACGGCACAUCACACACACACAAAGGGACGGGGCAUUUUCGUCCAGGCUCCCUUCCUAGUCUUUCGGGUUAGUCGUUCUUAAGCACAAGGCUGUGAACGAGCAGAGGGAUUGCGUUCCUUUACCGCUGCCUGGGAAGCGGUGCUGUCCUUGCAGCGAUCCUUGAUUGAGAGGCUUGAAGCGACUUUAGAGAAAGCUACAAUUCCCGCUUCCAGCCCGGUCUUGCGCACGAUUACUCAAAAGUAAACCGUCCUGUUCUCCAUGGCUCACUCCCAAGUAAACGCGCCUACGCUUCCUUUCCCCUCUUUGCCUGGCAGAGAGAACGAGACGCCUCUUCGAAGAGGGCCGCCCCGCCCACUUCCCUCAGCAGCGCAGAAAGCGCAUGCGCAGACUUCAUGACUCUGGAAGUGUUUCUAUUGCCAGGGUUGGUGCUUCCGCCGGGGGAAGAUGGCGGCGGACACAACAACCGAGCUUCUGUUUUUAGACACUUUCAAGCACCAGAGCACGGAGCAAAGUACCAACGUAGAUGUGGUUCGUUUUCCAUGUGUGGUUUACAUCAACGAAGUACGUGUCAUCCCUCCAGGAGUAAGAGCUCACUCUAAUUUACCUGAAAAUAGGGCUUAUGGUGAGACAUCCCCUCACACAUUUCAGUUAGACCUGUUUUUCAACAAUGUCAGCAAGCCAAGUGCCCCUGUAUUUGAUAGGCUGGGAAGCCUGGAAUAUGAUGAGAACUCCUCGAUUAUAUUUAGACCUAAUGCAAAGGUUAACACAGAUGGCUUAGUUCUUAGAGGCUGGUACAACUGCUUGACUCUGGCAAUAUAUGGCUCUGUUGACAGAGUAGUAAGCCAUGAUAGAGACUCCCCUCCACCACCUCCUCCACCACCUCCUCCUCCUCAGCAGCAAACAGCCUUGAAAAGGACCCCCAAACUUGCUGAUAGUGAGAAAGAAGAUCAGUUCAAUGGCAGUCCUCCACGGCCACAGCCUAGAGGACCAAGGACCCCACCUGGCCCCCCUCCUCCAGAUGAUGAUGAAGAUGAACCAAUGCCUGUAUCAGUGGUCGGAGAAAAAGAUGAUGAUGUUGAUCACAGGGAGGAUUACUUUGAGCCCAUUUCUCCUGAUCGGACGUCUGUUCAUCCAGAGGGCCCAUAUUCUGAUGAAGGAGAAGUGGAAGAAGACCAGCCUGAAGAAGCAGAAGAUGAUGAAGAGGGGGUGGAUGUGGAGGAAGAAGAGGAGGAUGAAGAGGAUGAUGAUGAUGGUCAAACAGUAGAGAGUAUUCCAGAGGAUGAAGAAGAGGAGGAGGAAGAUGAGGAGGAGGAGGAAGGUGAUGAAGAAGAAGAAGGUGAAGGGGAUGAUGGCUAUGAGCAGAUUUCAAGUGAUGAAGAUGGAAUUGCUGACUUGGAGCGUGAGACAUUUAAGUAUCCAAGCUUUGACAUUGAAUACACUGCUGAGGACCUGGCCAGGGUGCCACCCGUGACAUAUGACCCUUUUGAUAGGGAGCUUGGGCCCCUCCUGUACUUCAGCUGUCCCUACAAAACCACUUUUGAGACAGAGGCUGCUAAGAUGAGAGAUCAGGAUCUAGACAAGGAAAAUACUGGGGCAGCUGAGACCUCUGUUAAGUUGACCGAGCUCCUAGAACUGUAUCAGGAGGAAAGAGGGGCAAAAUGGGUCACUGCUUUGGAAGAAAUUCCAAGUUUAAUAGUGAAAGGACUGAGCUACUUGCAGUUAAAGGACCCAAACCAGGAUUAUGUAAGCCAGUUGGUUGACUGGACAAUGCAGUCUUUAAACCUGCAGAUAGCCCUGAGACAGCCAAUUGCUUUGAAUGUCCGUCAGCUUAAAGCUGGGACAAAACUCGUUUCCUCGAUAGCAGAAUGUGGGACUCGAGGAAUAGCAGGGCUUCUGCAAGCAGGAGUAAUUAAUUCUUUAUUUGAAUUGCUCUUUGCGGAUCAUGUUUCUUCUUCUCUCAAACUCAAUGCUUUCAAAGCGUUGGACAGUGUUAUUAGCAUGACUGAAGGAAUGGAGAUUUUUUUGAAGGGUGGGUUAGAGCUGCAUGAAAAAAGCGGUUAUCAGAGGCUGCUGGAGCUCAUCCUGCUGGAUCAGACGGUGAGGGUAGUCACUGCAGGCUCUGCAAUUCUACAGAAGUGCCACUUCUAUGAGAUUGUGUCUGAGAUUAAAAAAAUUGCUGACCAGUUAGUGGAAAAUUCUCCCCUUCCUAAUCAUGCUGAGGCCGAGCAGGAUGCAGAUGCUGGACUCGAAAGAAGCAACCAGGAAUAUGAAAAUGAUGUGGAGGCCCCGAUGGAUAUGGAUAAUCUUUUGGAGUCCUCCAGUAUGAGUGAAGGAGAAGUGGAGAAACUCAUUAGCCUUUUGGAUGAGAUCUUGCAUUUAAUGGAGAUUGCCCCCCAUACCAUGAUCCAGCCACCUGUGAAAUCUUUCCCAACUACAGCACGUAUUACAGGACCACCAGAAAGAGACGACCCUUUCCCAGUCCUGUUCAGGUACCUUCAUAGCCACCAUUUCUUGGAGUCGGUUACAUUGUUGUUGUCCAGUCCAAUAACGAACGUGCACCCUGGAGUGCUUCAGUCCAUCAGGGAUCUACUGAGGUUCUUGGUGCAGUCGCAGAAAGGUCUCCUCUUUUUUCUCGCUGAGUAUGAAGCCACAAACCUGCUGGUUCGAGCCUUUUGCCAGUUUUCUGACCCUGAUCAAGAGGAAGGUCUCCAGACAGAUGGGGCAAGUGAUGAAGCGUUUCCCUUGUGGCUUCUUCACUCAACACAGACGCUUCAGUGUAUUUCGGAACUAUUCUGCCACUUCCAGCGCUGCACAACCACGGAUGAAACUGAUCAUUCAGAUCUCCUAGGAACGCUUCAUAACCUUUACUUGAUCACUUUUAACCCUGUAGGAAGGUCUGCUGUAGCCCAUGUCUUCAGCCUUGAGAAGAACCUCCAGAGUCUUAUUACUUUAAUGGAGUUCUAUUCCAAAGAAGCUUUAGGUGAUUCAAAGUCAAAGAAAUCCGUUGCCUAUAAUUACGCCUGCAUCCUUGUUCUGCUGGUGGUUCAGUCCUCGAGUGACGUCCAAAUGCUUGAGCAGUACUCUGCACUCCUUUUGAAGCUUUGUAAGGCUGACGAAAAUAACACCAAAUUGCAAGAACUUGGCAAAUGGCUGGAGCCUUUGAAAACCCUUCGAUUUGAGAUUAACUGCAUCCCAAAUCUCAUUGAAUAUAUCAAACAGAAUAUUGAUACUCUGAUGACCCAGGAGGGGGUUGGUCUUCCUACUGCACUUCGUGUCCUAUGCCACAUUGCGUGUCCACCACCACCUGUGGAAGGUCAGCAGAAGGACCUUAAGUGGAACCUCGCCGUUAUUCAACUGUUCUCUUCUGAAGGAAUGGACACUUUUAUUCGAGUGCUACAGAAGCUGAACAGCAUCCUUAUUCAACCUUGGAGACUCCAUGUCAACAUGGGAACCACCCUUCAUAGAGUUACAACAAUCUCCAUGGCCCGAUGCACUCUAACACUCCUGAAAACAAUGUUAACUGAAUUACUUCGGGGAGGAUCCUUUGAAUUCAAAGAUAUGCGUGUUCCUUCUGCACUUAUUUCUUUGCAUAUGCUGCUUUGUUCUAUUCCUCUCUCAGGACGUUUAGACAGUGAUGAACAAAAAAUCCAGAAUGAUAUAGUUGAUAUUUUGUUGACUUUUACCCAGGGUGUUAAUGAAAAGCUAACGAUCUCAGAAGAAACCUUAGCCAAUAAUACUUGGUCACUUAUGCUAAAAGAAGUUCUCGCUUCUGUCUUGAGAAUUCCUGAAGGAUUUUUCUCAGGCCUAAUCCUGCUUUCUGAAUUGCUGCCACUUCCACUUCCCAUGCAAACAACUCAGGUUAUUGAACCACAUGACAUAUCAGUGGCUCUCAACACCAGGAAACUAUGGAGCAUGCAUCUUCACGUUCAAGCAAAAUUGCUGCAAGAGAUAGUCCGGUCUUUCUCUGGCUCGACCUGUCAGCCUAUUCAACACAUGCUGAGGCGUAUUUGUGUCCAGCUGUGUGACUUGGCCUCACCAACUGCGCUGCUUAUUAUGAGAACUGUGCUGGAUCUGCUUGUAGAAGAUCUGCAAAGCAAUCCAGAAGAUAAAGCGAAGCAGUACACUGGCCAGACGACCCGCUUACUGGCUCUGCUUGAUGCCUUGGCUUCACACAAAGCUUGUAAAUUGGCCAUUUUGCAUCUAAUUAAUGGAACUGUGAAAGGCGAUGAGAAGUAUGCUGAAGUUUUCCAGGAGCUAUUGUCUCUGAUGCGAGCUGCCGGGGACAACGUUGUUCAUCAGCAGUGUGCUGAAUAUUUAGCUUCUAUUUUGCAAUCCCUCUGUGACCAGGAUAUUGCCCUGAUCUUGCCAACCUCUUCUGAGAGCACUCUCUCUGAGUUGGAGCAGCUUUCCAAUUCGUUGCCCAGUAAGGAACUCCUGACUUCCAUCUGUGACUCUCUGAUGGAAACACUCACUAAUGCUGAGAGUAGCUAUAACUGCUUGCUGACUUGUAUUAGAACAAUGAUGUUCCUUACAGAGCACGACUAUGGAUUCUAUCACUUGAAGAGUUCUCUAAGAAAACACUGCGGUGCUCUGCAAACUGUACUGAAGCGAGUUGUAAGCAGCUUUAGUAAGGACCCUGGAGAACUUGCCUCUUCAUUUUUGGAUUUCAUGAGACAGAUACUAAAUUCUGACAUCUUGGGAUGUUGUGGAGAUGAUGGAAGUCUUGUGGAAGUAGAUGGAACCCAUCCUGCCAGAACACUGGGUCUUACUACUGCAGAAUUAAAAUAUCAGUUACAGAACAAAGAUGAAACUCCUGAGAAUCUGCUCCUUGAACUGGAGAAACUAAUUUUGGAGCGUUCUAAAGAGGAUGAGAGUCUGGAGUCUUUAUUGGACAAUGUCGUUGGACUGCGGCAGAUGCUGGAAUCUGCUGGUGAUCCUUGCCCUUUGAGUGACCAGGAUAUAGAGCCAGUUCUACCUCCACCAGAAUCUCUCCAGAAUCUCUUUAAUAAUAGGACUGCAUAUGUCUUGGCAGACGUCAUGGAUGACCAGUUGAAGUCUAUGUGGUUCUCACCAUUCCAGGCUGAAGAAAUUGAAACUGACCUAGACAUGGUAAAGGUUGACUUAAUUGACCUGUCAGAAAAAGGAUGCAGUGACUUUGACUUGCAGGCAGAGUUAGAAAGGUCGUUUUUAUCAGAGCCAUCUUCUCCUGGUCGGACAAAAACCACGAAAGGCUUUAAACUUGGCAAACACAAACAUGAGACAUUCAUAACUUCCAGUGGGAAGUCAGAGUACAUCGAACCUGCCAAGAGAGCCCAUAUUGUGCCCCCUCCUAGAGGAAGAGGCAGGGGAGCAUUUGGCCAAGGCAUCCGGCCCCAUGAUAUCUUUCGUCAAAGGAAGCAGAAUACAAGCAGGCCACCUUCUAUGCAUGUGGAUGAUUUUGUGGCUGCUGAAAGCAAAGAAGUGGUUCCACCAGAUGGGAUACCGCCUCCCAAGAGACCACCAAAAGUUUCACAAAAGAUUUCUUCACGUGGUGGGUUCUCAGGGAACCGAGGAGGGCGAGGUGCCUUUCACAGCCAGAAUAGAUUCUUCACUCCGCCUGCUUCAAAAGGAAAUUACAGUCGUCGUGAAGGGGCUAGAGGGUCAAGUUGGAGUGCACAAAGUUCUCCGCGAGGUACCUACAAUGAAAGCAGAGGUGGGCAAAGCAAUUUUAACAGGGGCCCACUACCACCCCUGCGGCCAUUAAGUUCUGCAGGCUAUCGACCAACUCCUCGUGAUCGCGCUUCAAGAGGCCGUGGAGGAAUCGGGCCAUCUUGGGCAAGUGCGAAUAGCAGUAGUAGCGGUGGCUCAAGAGGAAAAUUCAUUAGUGGAGGCAGUGGGAGAGGACGUCAUGUUCGUUCUUUUACUCGAUAAAUAGACCAUUUUGAACAUCCUGACUGACCGUUUCAAGAUGUCAACAAAAUGCUUGUGUGCUCGAGGACCAAUGCUAGACUUACUGGUAUCUGGUGGCAGUGAGAGAAGUUUUUUUGGGGGGAGGGGGUGUCAAAUUUUGUUUGAUACAAGAUCUGAAAUUUCAAUAAAACUUUUUUUGUGUGUA